CAAACCUCUGAUGAGCUGUCUGAGUUCAAUCUGAGGUGGAUUAUUAUUAGCAUCAUUUACUUUUUGUUGUUGUUGUUGAUGAGAGACAUCUUCGUUUACCAUUCCUGACCUGCUCCUCAUGCUGCUGAAGCUCAUGUUGUUUAUCUGUGCUCCAUUCGGUGAACCUGCUGAGUUUUCACAUCCUGUGCUGAAAGCUAACCCCCCCAGGCCUGUUGAGGGGAGUUCAGUGACCCUGAUCUGCGAGAUUCGUCUCCCUCUUUGGGAAUCACACAAGCAACUUGAGUUCUGUUUCUUCAAAAAUUACCAACCCCUGGGGUCAAGCUGCAGCAGCUCACCAGAGCUUUGGAUUCCCACCAUGUGGAAGGAAGACACAGGGUUCUAUUGGUGUGAAGCAAAAGUAGGGGUGCUCAGAAACCCCAGAAGGAGCUUGAUGUUCCAGAUACGUGUGCAGAGAGUUCCCGUCUCUGAUGUGAGCUUGGAAACUCAGCCCCCAGGGGGCUGGGUGACUGAGGGAGACAAGCUGGUCCUCAUCUGCUUGGUCGCUAAUGGCACCGGAGACAUCACCUUCUUCUGGUACAGAGGGGCUCUGGGUGUAACCCUGGAAACAAAGACCCAGCGCUCACAGACAGCACAGUAUGAGAUCCUCACUGUGAGGGAGAGUGAUGCUGAGCUGUAUUUCUGUGCAGCAGACAAUGGCUAUGGCCCCAGUCUCAGUGGGCUGGUGCCCAUCAGGGUCAAAAUCCCAGUAUCCCGCCCUAUCCUUAUCCCCAGCAUCCCUGAAGGCCAGGCCAUGGUGGGGGAUAUGGUGGAGCUUCAUUGUGAAGCCCUGCGAGGCUCUCCUCCGAUCCUGUACCAUUUUUAUCAUGAAGAUGUUGUUGUGUGGAGCAGCUUGGUCCAGUCUGGGGGAGGAGCAUCCUUCAACUUCUCCCUGAGUGCAGAACAUUCUGGAAAAUAUUCCUGUGAGGCUGGCAAUGGCCCCGGUGCCCAGCGCAGUGAGGUGGUGACUCUCAACAUCACAGUGCCUGUGGAGGGCAGAAUGGAUCACUUCCCUUCAGGAGUCAUCGAGGGGAUGCUCGGCAGCCUUGGGCCCAUCACUGUGGCCCUAUUAUUUUGCUACUGUCUCAAGAGAAAAAUAGGAAGACGCUCAGGGGAUCCAGUCAGGAGUCCUUCCAGCCCAGUACCCCAAGAAGCCAGCUACAACUCACCUGCUUCAAGGCAGCUAGAGCCUAUAUAUGAAAAUGUGAACAUUGUGAGUGGGGAUGAGGUCUAUUCAUUGGUGGACCAAAUCCAGCAGAAACGGGAACCAGCAACAGGUGUAUAUCCCAGGACACAUAUGGACAUCUAUUCUAGACUGAGGAAGGCAAAUGUAAUGGAUCUGGACUAUGAUGAUGCUAUGUGAAGUUCUGGAAGAUUCUGAUCUUUGAAAACCAUCCCUGAUUUUGAACAUCAGACUUUCAGAGACCCUGGGGAGUCAGCUUUCCAGUAUACCUCUCCUAUGAGGUAUUUUUCUCCAUGAGAUGGUCCCUUCAUCUAUUGAGAGGAUGGUGCAAGCCCUGAAGAAACAACUGCCCAGGAAAACCAACUUACAUGCAGGGAUGCCUGACACCCACUCCCAGUUAAUUUCUGCCUUCAAAUUCUGAGUAGCACAUGUUUGGGCCAUUCCUCCAUUGUGUUUUAUGCAAAAGUUCUGGUCCAUCUUUUUCUUUUCUUUUGUGUUAGUAUUGGGACUUAUACUCUCUCACGUGGCUUUUUCACU